AUGGUGAUGAUGAUGAUGGUGAAGAGGAUGAAGGUGAGGAUAAAGAUGAUGAGGAUGAAAAUGAGGAUGAAGGUGAUGAAGACGGUGAGGAUGAAGAGGAUGAAAAUAAGGAUGAAGAUGGAGAGGAUGAAAAUGGUGAGGAUGAAGAUGAAGAUGAAGAGGAUGAAGAAAGUGAGGAUGAAGAGGGUGAAGAUGAGGAUGAAAGUGAUGAGGAUGAAGAAUGAAGAUGAGGAUGAAAAUGAUAAGGAUUAAGAUGAUGAAGAUGAGGGUGAAGAUGAUGAGGAUGAAAAUGAUGAAGAUGAGGAUGAAGAUGGCGAGGAUGAGGGUGAAGAGGAUGAGGGUGAUGAAGAGGAUGGUGAGGAUGAGAAGGAGGAGGAAGAUCUGGGGGGGGACUCGUUUGCAAUGAGGGGUCUCUACCGGGCUGGAGCAGCAGGGUCUCUGGGUAGGAGGAAGAGGAGGAGGAGGAAGAUGAUGAGGGCGAUGAUGGUGAAGAUGCUAAAGAUGAGAAUGAGGAUGGCGAGGAUGAAGAUCACAGAAAGGAGAAUGAGGAUGAGGAUGGUGGGUUAA